AUGGAUUUUAUAAAAUUAUUAAAAUAUAUGAAUUUAUCUUAUGAGUACAAAAGGCUUUUAAGAGAAAAAAAAGAAAAUGAGAAAAAAGAAAAGUUAGCUGCUAUAGUUAUACAAAAAUAUUAUAGAGGUUAUAAAGAAAGAAGAAUAUAUUUAAUUUAUAAAUAUUUUUUAAAAUAUAUUAAGAAUAAAAUAGAGCUAUGCAGUUGUAAAUAUUUAUUAAAAAAACUGAAGAAACAAAAAUUAGAGCAGCAAAUAAUUUUGCAUAUGUCAGACAAUGCUAUAAAAAUACAAAAAACUUUUCGUGGUUUUUAUUCAAGAAAAUAUAUUCACGAUUUUUUUAAGAGAAAAAGACAAAUUAUUGAAAUUAAUAAUUAUGUUAAUGAACAAAAAAGCAAAAUGCUUUUAGAACUUGAAGAAAAAAGAAAGAAUCAAUUACUGUAUGAAAAUAAAUUAAAAGAUACGAAAAUGCACAAAGUUGCAAAGAAUUUGCAUCAUUUAGUAUCAACAAAAGCUCAAAGAGGAAUUUAUAAUUUAAAAAUAGAAAAUAUAAUAAAAGAACAACAAGAAAAAAUUAAAAAAAAAGAUAAAAAAUAUACUAAAAAAUAG